AUGCGCCUUCGGAGUCGCUUCUGGAAAAUUUCUGGGUUUUAUGGUAACCAUAGAGGGAUCGAAGCCAAUCCCAAAAAAAUCAAGGCGUUAAGAGAUAUGGUGCCACCUAAGAACGUCAAGGAAGUCCAAAGGCUGAACGGGAGGAUCGCAGGAUUGUCUCAUUUCCUGGCAUGUUCAGGAGACAAGUACCUGCCUUUCUUCAAAGUACUUAGAGGCGCUUGCAGCUCCGAUUUCCAAUGGACAGAUGAAUGCCAAGAGGCCUUCGAACAGCUACGAAAGUAUUUGGCCUCCCCGUCGCUACUUUCUAAACUAACACCUAGAGAGAAGUUGUAUUUGUACAUAGCUGUUUCGCCCAAAGCCAUCAGUUCGGUCUUAGUACAUGAAGAUAAUACUGUGCAACGCCCCAUCUACUAUGUCAAUAAAAUUCUAUCUGAAAUGGAGGGACGUUAUCCCUUAGCGGAUAAGACAGCAUUGGCACUAGUUUAUUCUGCCAGAAAACUACGCCCCUACUUCCAAACCCACUCAAUUGGGGUUUACACAAAUGUGUCACUGAAAACUAUUCUGCAAAAAUCAAAAGCAUCGGGUAGGCUCGUCAAGUGGUCUAUAGAACUGGGAGAAUUUGACAUUCACUACUUGCCUAGACCCGAUAUCAAGUCUCAAGCACUUGCAGAUUUCGUGGUUGAAUGCACCGUUCCAGAGACUACUCUCGAGUAUGGGCUCCGACUCAAGUUUCCGGCAAUAAACAACAUGACAGAAUACGAAGCCUUUAUCGCUGGACUAAGACUAGAAGAUGAUUGUGAGGUGCAUAACCUAGUAGUCCACACUGAUUCACAACUAGUUGCUUCUCAGGUGGAAGGAGAAUUUGAUAUCAACAAUCUGCAACUAGCCCAAUAUUACAAAUUUGUGAAACUACUUUUGGCCCGAAUAGGAGAAUAUCAAAUCGUACAUGUUCUCCGAAAGCAAAAUGCAAGAGUAGAUGCUCUUUCAAAACUUGCAACAUUGACAACGGGAGACAUCUACAAGAGAAAGUGUGUUGAGGAGAUCCAUUUUCCAAGUAUCCAGGGUCCAUGGGUCAUACAAUCGAUCAAUGAAAUAAGGGAGGAGUCUUGGAUCAAUCUCAUCUUGUCUUUCUUACAAGAUGUGGUACUGCCUGAAGAACUCAUGGCUGCAACGAGACUACGAAGACGAGCAGCAAAUUUCACCAUCAUUGGUGGUGAGUUGUAUAAGCGCGCUUUCACCGGGCCAUAUCUGAAGUGUCUCCCACCUUCAGAAGCUGAUUAUGCACUCCGAGAAGUUUGUGGCGAGCAUCUGGCAGGAAGAGCUUUGGCUUAUAAAAUCAUGAGGUAA